AUGGAUAUACCUUAUUUAAUGAAUAUUGCUUUAUAUUUAAAAACUGUCAAAGACAUUUAUUCUUUUUUGUUUAUUUCUAAAAAAUGUAAAGAAGCACUUAGUAGAUUAAAAAUUAAUCCAUUUAUUGAUGAAUUUAAUGAUAAUGAAUAUUUUGAAAAAACAAUCCAUUUUAUUCUUAUUACAUUUCCUUCCUUAGAAACCAUUUCUGUUCCAUAUAAAUUCUUUAAAUUAUUUCUUUCUUCACAUAAUUUUCAUAAAAGAAUUCAAAUUAAUUCACCCACAGUAUUUGAUUCUAACUUAUUAAUUAAUUUAGAUGAAAAUUAUUAUAAUAAAGAUAUUUAUUCUUCAAUUUCUUCAAUUAAAAAUGGAUUUUCAUUAUUUGAAUUAACACUAAUGAAGUCAUUAGAAAAAAUAACAAUUGAAAAUAUUACUUUAUUAGAAAGUCUUAUUUUACUUCCACAUAUUAAAGAAAUAAUAAUUAUUAAUCCUAUAAAUGAUGAUAUUAAGUAUUUUAAUUCUACUAUUAAUCAAAUGAGAAAAAGUAAUAUGAAUAUGCAUAUUUUAUUUAAAAUUAUUUUAAAAAAUACUAUUCAUUUAUCUCUUUCAAAUUAUAUCAUUUUACUUAAAUUACAACAAUUAUGUUGUUUAGAAAUUUAUGAUUUUAGAGAUAAAUCUAUUCAAUCUUUCACUAAUGAUUAUUGGUUACUUCCUUCUUUUAUUACUUUACCUGAAAUUACUUUCAUUCAUUCAAAUUAUUCUAAAUUACUUUUAAAACUUAAUCAAUAUAUUAAAACACAACCAUUAAAUAUAAAUUCUUUAAUAGAAAAUAAAGAAUUAUAUGAAAUCCUUUCUUUAUUAGAAAUAAAUAAUUAUUUUAUUCUUCCAUUUAAUUCUUAUCAAAAUAAUUCACUUCAUUUUCAAAGUAAUUGUCUCAAUACUAUUCAUUUUGUUGGAUUAAAAAAAAUAAAUGUUCAACAACUUCCACAAAUUAUUACUCUCCAAAUAACUUUAUGUUCUAAUAUAAAUAUAACUAAUAAGUAUUGUAAAUAUUUUAUUAUAAAAUGGAGUCAUCAUUGUUCAUUCAAUUCUAGUAAUAUUAAUCAAGUUAAAAUACUUCAAUGUCAUGAUAUUUCAUUUAUUAAUAAUCAAAUUAAACCAAUUGAAAUAGAGGCAAUAAAAUUUAAUAAUUCAUCUCUAUCAAAUCUUAAUUGUUCUUUGUCUUGUAUUUCAUGUUAUUGUCUCACUGUAACAAAUUGUUCUCUUUCAUAUCUUUCACUUUCUGAUUGUGUAUCUCUUAUUAUAAAUUCAAAUAUUUUUACUUCUUCAUCAACGUUUGUUCCUGUUUCAAUUUAUAAUAUUAAUUCAAGUACAAUUUAUCUUCCUGAAUCAAUCGAAUUAAACGCUUCAUUAUCUUCAUUAUUAUCAAUUAUUUGUCCUUUAACAGAUUUAAUUCCAACAGAAUUAAUUCAAUCAUCUACUAACUCAGACAAUACUGUUCAUUUAAAUAUUAAUAACAGAGAACUUAAACUUAUAGAACCUUUAUUAUGUCCAAUUUCAUUUGAUGGUGAUAUUUCUAUUUCAAUUUCACAUAAAGUAAAUAAUCCUCUUAAUAUUAUACAAUGCUCAAAUCUUAAAUUAUCUUCAAUUGGUUAUAGAAUUAAAUCACUUAUAAUUAAUCAAGUUGGCAUCUUGACUGUAUCUAAUUGUCAAAUAGAAAAUCUUAAAGCAAAUCAUAUUCAAAAACUAAUCCUAACUAAUAACUCACAAAUACUAUCUUCAUCUAUAACAAAACUUGAUCAUUUAUAA